CCAGCUCUCUCAGCCUGUCCUCAUAGAGGGGAGAUGUUCCAUCCCUGGGAUCAUUUUGGUGGCCCUCUUCUGGACGCACGCCAUCAGGUCCAUGUCUCUUCUGUGCAGAAGAUUCCACAUCUGGACUCAGUACUCCAUCGUUGAGCAGUCCAAGAGGAGACAAAUGGGUGGGGAAGCGGGUGGUACCGAGGAGGAGGAGGAAGAGGCAGCGAGGGCAGUUCCGGCAGCGGGGCGGGGGCGGCUGCGGCACAACGGAGGUGAUCUGCUCUCAAGCCGUGCCAAGCCGAUCCGAGCCGAUCCGGGCUGAACCAGGCUGCUCCGAGCUGCGCCGAUCCGAUCCGAUCCGCGCGGAGCCGACGUUCGCUGAGCGGACAUCAGGUAUGCGAGGCUGGGUGCUCCGGUCCCGGCGGAGAUGCGGUGUCAGAGGGAUGCUUGCUGCUCAGCGUGCUGCUUCAGCUCUCAGUUCUCAUUCUGUCGCAGGGUUUUAAAGCCGUCUUUUGCAAGUGUUUGUGGUUUCAGUAUCACAUUUUCCUGCCUUUAAAAAGUGUUGUUUUCUCCCUGGUGACAUCGUGUGAUACAAAGAAGAGGGGAAAAAGAGAAAAACAAUGAAAACUGGUUAUAACCAGAGUGUUAUUCAACACUAUGUAAACAAACUGGGGAAAAAUAGGGGGGAAAAUACUUUCCCCUGCUAGGUUCUUUGAUGUAUUUAGGUGUUUCGUGGCUACAGCAGUAUGUAGUAAGACAGAGAGAAAGAAGUUCAGUUUUACAGCUGUUAAUAUAUCUCAUUAUCUGAGUAAAUAAUUUUGGAUCAGAUCUGUAAUAUUCAACAGACCAACUCUGUGCUAAGUUUUUAAGCAGACUUGAGCAGUAAAGACAAGUGAGCCAUCUCCAUCCCUCCUCUGCUGCACAGUGUUGUGAGCUCCAUUUCCUCCUGAAGGAGGGGGCUCAAAAGCUCAGCCUGGCUGCUUGGCCUUGAUUCUGUUCCCUGCACAGAUGCUGAAUGAUAAUGGAGUUAAAACUCUUGGGUGUAACCAGAUCCUUUUUAAUGAAACCUUGUGAAUGCGUUGCAGUUAACUUUCCAACUGUACUUUUCCCUAGCCUCCAGUAGUGAGAUACUUUCAGGAACAGAAAGCUUUUUAUGGACCCUUUUUAAAAUUUUCACCAAUGAAAUAACAGUGGCAAAGAAAAUGACUCCAGCAGCUGAAAGCCACUUAAUUGAAUCAUGCUAAUAGCAGGUUAUUUAGUAAGGUUACCAGAGGAGGAAGAGAUAAAGUUUCACUGAACUUGCUAUUAAAAAGAAAACAGAAACGCUGGGGAAGGAAGAAGUAGAACUAUGUGUGGUGAAUGGAGCAGUGUUCUGACUUUCGUAUUUUUAAACAGGCAAAUCCUUGAGAUCCUGAGGUUGUCCAACUCUCCUCUCCUCUCCUCUCCUCUCCUCUCCUCUCCUCUCCUCUCCUCUCCUCUCCUCUCCUCUCCCUUUUUCCUUUCUUUUCUAGAAAAGGACUCCACAUCCCAGCCAAGCCCAUGCAGCAUUUUGGGGUUUCCAGGAAAUGCAUGCUAGGAGCCCAAUGGAAGGACCAAAAGGAAAACCUGCACCAAGGAGGUUCCUGUCCCCCCUGGUUGCAGUGGGACAGAGCUGCAUUCAGCUGGAAGUGUCAGAGGGCCUCCUAAGGCAACCUAUUGCUGAACACCCAACAUCACUUAAAUCUGGAUCUCAGGCCAGGCUUUGGGUCAUCACUUCUGUUACUUUUUUGGUGUCUAGGCUAAUCAUGAGACUUUGGUAUCCACCUGUCCUCACUUUCUCUGAGCUCCUUAAGCCAUGCUGCACUCACUGGUUUCCUCCUGUGACUUUUUGGCCAACCCCUAGGGCACAUGAUGAAUGAAGCAAGUCACAUUUCUGAGCUGAAAGUCUGACCACUUUAAGAUGAUGCUCCAGUUGCACAGACAUAGGCAGUGCAAAGCUCAGUAAGACUUUUUUGCCUGUUCUACACGUCCAUUGGGAUUUUUUCCAAAGCCUUACCAGCAAGGAUUUAGAUCUUCCUCCUGAACCUCCAAACUGCAUCUCAGCUCCUCAGCUCUCUCCUUUUGCUCAGACUGUUUUUGUAAUCGCUUUGACACAUUGGACAAAAUUUUUCUUGUUUUUCUUUUUUCUUUUUCUUUUUCUUUUUUUUUUUUUGCACAGCAAAGACUGAUAAGAACAGAGCAUUGUUACAAAGCCAGGGCGGAGAUAACUCUUUUUUUUCUUUCUGCCACAAGUGUGCUUCCUUUCAAAGAAAGUCACUCAGUUGGCUCUCAGCUUCUCACGGAUGCACUGUGCACCUCAGCAGCACAUCAGAGGUACAGGGCCUCAAAAGAAAAGCUUAAGGGGAGAGACAAGGAAGGAGAGGUGGAAGGAAGGAGAGCCUCAGCAGCUUAGUUUCCCGGCAUGGCAAGUUCUUAUUUUUCCUCCUUUGGAUCUUUUCCAGGAAAAAGGAGAAGAUCUCAUCAUAUCCAGGAGGCAAGUGGAACCAAAAGCUGCUGAGACUUGGCCAAGCACUAACACAAAGUUCAUAGAAUCAUAGAAUCGUCAGAGUUGGAAGGAACCUGGUCAUUCAGUCCAACACGCCUUUCAAUGAACAGAGAUAUCUAUGACUAGGAAGUUGUUCUGAAUUUCACUGUUGCCCUGGACUUUUGCACUGGCACUGAUGGAAACUCAUCACUCCAUGCUGCUGGAGAGUCAAAGAUUUAAAGUCAGCCAAGCUAGAGGAACUACAUCCAAGAAAAUCUUUUCCAUGUUGUCAACAACUGUGAUGACCAGAGAAGCCUCUCUAAACAAAGACUGAAUUAGUAUAUCAGGAAAUACCAUUUACAGGACUUGUCAUGUCUCCCUUUCUGCGUAUUGGUUUAUCCAACUAUGACAGUGGCCCUUACCUGCCAUCACAAGGGGAGGUGAUUAACCCUUACUGUGCUGUGAUGGUUAAAGAAGCCGUGGAGUCAGAAAAUGGCCAAGUGUACGUGCAGAAGAAACCCACCAUGUACCCACCCUGGAACAGCACUUUUGAUGCCCACAUCAACAAUGGCAGGGUGAUGCACAUCGUCGUCAAGGAUAAAAGUGCCGAAAUGGUUUCAGAGACCACAGUGGAACUCAAGGUGCUGGCAGAGAGGUGCAAAAAGAGCAAUGGGAAGACAGAAAUAUGGCUAGAACUGAAACCUCAGGGACGAAUGCUGAUGAAUGCAAGAUACUUUCUGGAAAUCAGUGAUGCAAAGGACCUAGCUGACUGUGAGAAUGAAGCCUUUUUCUCCUUGCAUCAGCGCAGGGGAGCCAUCAAACAGGCCAAAAUCCAUAAUGUGAAGUGCCAUGAGUUCACAGCCACUUUCUUUCCACAACCUACAUUCUGCUCUGUCUGUCACGAAUUCGUGUGGGGUCUGAAUAAACAAGGCUACCAAUGCAGACAAUGUAAUGCUGCCAUUCAUAAGAAGUGCAUUGAUAAAGUAAUAGCCAAGUGUACAGGAUCAGCAGUAAAUAGCAGAGAAACAAUGUUUCACAAGGAGAGGUUCAAGAUUGACAUGCCUCACCGCUUCAAAGUCUACAACUACAAGAGCCCAACGUUUUGUGAUCACUGUGGCACGCUGCUUUGGGGCCUUGCACGGCAAGGACUGAAGUGUGAUGCAUGCUGCAUGAAUGUCCAUCAUAAGUGCCAGACAAAAGUAGCAAACCUUUGUGGAGUUAACCAGAAACUAAUGGCAGAAGCUCUGGCAUUGAUAGGCAGCACUCAGCAGGCUCGCUGUCAGCGUGAUACUGAACAGAUAUCCAGGGAUGGACCUCUCGAAAUUGGGUUCCCGGUUCUGGCGAGGGAGGUGACACCUCUUCAGGCAGUGCCAGCAUCUACAACAGGAAAAAAAGAGCCACAGGGCAUCUCCUGGGAGACUCCAGUGGAGGGCACAACGAAGGGAGAGUCUCUAAUAGAGACAGACCUGGGAGGAAAACAGCUCCUGGAGCAGCAAGAGGACCAAGUGCAACUAAAACUAACCAUUGAAGAUUUUGUCCUGCACAAGAUGUUGGGAAAGGGCAGCUUUGGUAAGGUGUUCCUUGCUGAGCUGAAGAACACAGACCAGUAUUUUGCUGUGAAAGCCCUGAAGAAGGAUGUGGUCCUUAUGGAUGAUGAUGUUGAAUGUACGAUGGUGGAGAAGAGAGUCCUCUCUUUAGCUUGGGAGCACCCGUUCCUGACUCAUGUCUUCUGUACAUUUCAAACCAAGGAAAAUCUAUUUUUUGUGAUGGAAUAUCUCAACGGAGGAGACCUCAUGUUCCAUAUCCAGAGUUGUCAUAAAUUUGACCUUCCCAGAGCAACGUUUUAUGCUGCUGAAAUCAUAAGUGGGCUGCAGUUUCUCCAUUUAAAGGGCAUAAUAUACAGGGACUUGAAGCUAGACAACGUCCUCUUGGACAGUGAAGGGCACAUCAAAAUUGCCGACUUUGGGAUGUGUAAGGAGAACAUGUUUGGAGAUGCAAAGACAAGUACUUUCUGUGGGACUCCUGACUAUAUUGCUCCUGAGAUACUGCUGGGGCAGAAAUACAACAACUCAGUUGACUGGUGGUCGUUUGGUGUCCUCCUGUAUGAGAUGCUUAUUGGCCAAUCUCCUUUCCAUGGCCAAGAUGAAGAGGAGCUUUUCCAGUCUAUCCGUAUGGAUAAUCCAUUCUACCCUCGCUGGCUUGACAAGGAUGCAAAGGACAUUCUGGUAAAGCUUUUUGUGAGAGAACCUGAGAGAAGACUAGGAGCAAAAGGGAAUAUUCGCCAGCAUGCCUUUUUCAGGGAAAUAAACUGGGAAGCUUUAGAAGAAAGAAGGAUGGAGCCUCCUUUCAAACCAAGAGUGAAAUCUCCAAGUGACUGUAGCAACUUCGACAAGGAAUUUCUAAGUGAAAAGCCUAGACUGUCCUGUGCUGACAGGACACUGAUUAACAGCAUGGACCAAAAUAUGUUCCGCAACUUUUCUUUUGUGACCCCUAAAAUGGAGAAUAUAUUUUCCUGAGAUCUGCCUUACUGAUGGAAUUUCCCAUACGAUUUGAGUAGCAUUUUGUCAACUGAAGAUUGUGCAUGGUUGUUUUUUAUCAAGAACCCACCAGAAAAACACAUCAGUGAAACUUUGUACCAUGCCUAGAGGCUUUCAGCUUGUUCCAGCCUGGAGCAGAUGCCAGCCACACUUCACUAAGGAUGAAGUCUCAUCAUGGUAUCUUUCGGCCUCUCUUCUCUGUUUUCCCAACAUUCUUGAAGUUUCAAACAUCUGAAGAGCAGGAGAUGACAAAACAUUUUCCUCUGUACUUGUACUCCCAGUCAGUGGGUUUCUCCAUAAGAAGCAGCAAGUAAUGAUGUUUUCAGUGCCUGUUUCUGCAAUUCUUAUCCUGAAAAAGGAGAGUUGAGCUCAGGUCCUGAGGGCAUCUGGGAAAGACUUCAGGUUGGGUGCUUUUGCAGCUUCCAUUUGAACAUGUGCAGAAAUGAGCCUACAUGCACAGGAAUGUUGAAGAAGCUAGAUAUUCCCCCUCAUGCCUAAAAAAUAAUCUUCACAGGUAUUAGGAUUCCUUUUUAUGCCACGAGGUCCACUGGGAUUAAGAAAUUUUGUAGGUGCACUUUCCAGCAUUUCUAUGUCUCAACCAAUGGUUUAAACAUAAAUGAGGAGCAUUGCACUCUCAAGUAUCAAGAUCAAUAUAGAAACUCAGUGGUUUUACUCUCAGUACUUGAGCAGAAAAUAUGGGAGGUAGCAGUCCAGAAGAAAACAUUGAUAAUCCCUGUUCUAAAGCUUUAACUGUCCUUAAACAUACCAGAAUCACUGCAAAAUAUGGACUGGACUGUCUGGAGUUUUUUCUGAAACUGAAUCAGAUAUUUAGAAAUGUUUUCCUCAAACCUUUCUUUAAGCAUCAUAAAAUCAACUUUCCAACGAUUGCUGUAUUUCACUGGCAUGUUAGUAAUCAGUCCUUAUAAAAGUUGAUAUACUUCCUGUUGCUGUAAAUGGUGCCCCGACACUUUGACAUGCAUUGCAGACACAAACAUUGCAGUGUGGGAUGGCACGCCACUUGAGAAUGAUCCUCUCCUUCACUUCAUGAUAUUUUGCUGCAUAUUCUAUCCUCUAGCAGGCUGUGAAAUGCAACUGGUCAAUAAUAAUCUCAUCCCUUACCCAUUCAUAACAAGAUCUUUUAAAAUAAAGUUGUGCUGUUUUCAGAAGUUGGAGAAACAUAGAAUCUGCCAACUACUGAUUUUUACACCAGUAAGUACUGUGUCAAAAUUAAGUCAAAGUCCAAACAGAAGAUUCUUUAAUAAUUUAGACUUAAGUCACCCCAGCUUGCAUUUGGCUCUAACUGGAAUGUGUAAAUUUGGUGUUUUGUUGCAUGAACAACCUCAGCCCCUUUAAGAAGAUGAAUCAUCUCAAAGAAGGUGAAUCAUCUCAAAAUCAGAUUCUUUUUGGAGGUGCCUUUCUGGCUCCACUGGAACAGACUGUUAACCUGGAGCUCCCAACAGGAUGAAUGCAGUCUUGCAGGCUGUGCAGCCACUGCUGGGAUAUUGCUGGCAGUGACUGCAGGCACUGAAUCCUGCAAGGCUGACAAUAAAAGGUGCCUAACAUUGACGAAAAAGAAAAGCAAAGCAGAUUUCAGCCCUGUGACUUUUUGUGGAAUUCUUGUUUGUGCUGCAUAAAGUACAGGGGGAUCUGUGCUUGCAGUUUGUGCAGUUGGUUUUCACAUUUAAUUUGAACGGUUAAAGUGGAUUUCUGAAAUGCUGUUUGUACAGUUUAAUAAAAUGUUGUAUACUGAUGGA